AUGGCAAUAAUAAAUCAUUUUAUAAUAUCAUCAACGGCAAAUAAUUUUACAAAAAGAGAUUGGGGUGAUAAUUAUUGGGAAAAUUCAAAUUCAGCAAGAUGGGCAUUUUUUGCAAUAUUUAUAGUAUUAGUAAUAAUAGUAAUAUUAGGAACUAUAAGAGUAAAUAAAAAAAGAAGUCAACAUGGUCAACAACCAUUGUAUGGUACAAGAUGGAUGACACCACCUUCUUAUAGACAAUCACAAAAUCAAUAUGAUCAACCUGAUCAUUUAAGAGAUCCUGAUUUACCUUCUGCUUAUGUACCUACUUAUACUCAACAUGCUAAUGAAUUUGAUAUGGGUUAUUAUGAUUCUUCUGGAACUUUUCAUCCUAAUCCAAAUGCUAAAAAUGCUUUACAACAUCCUCCUGCAACUCAUCAAAGACAUGGUUCUAAUAGUUCAAGUAGUGGUGAUAAUAAUUUAAAUAAUGGUAGUGGUGGUGCAACUAAUUUACCUAGUGACUUAGAAGGACAAAAUCAUAGUAAUGAUGAUAUUGGUGAUAUAAGUAGACCGGUUGGACCUCCACCAACUUCACGAAGAAAUUCAAUAAGUCAAAGAAGAGAUAGUAAUUUAACAACAACCAACAACAACAAUAAUAAUGUACAAAAUAAUGAAGUAAUAGGUGAAAGAAUAAUAGAAACAGAUACAAUUUUUACAUCAAGUUCUGGAUCAGGUAAUGAAGAUUUUGAAAGACCUAAUGGACCACCACCAUCAACAUCUACGAAAAAAGUAUCACAAGUUUAUGAUUUCGUAAUUGAGAAAAAGAAAUAG